AUGCUCCUAUUUCACUUCAGUCUCGGGGAAAUCUUAACUCCUUUAGUGGCCGAGCCCCGCAAAGAGCGCAGCGGCGGCGGAGGCGCCCGGGACGCCUGGCUCCGGACCCCGCUGGCCCCCAGCGAGAUGAUCACCGCGCAGAGCGCGCUGCUGGAGAGGGAAGCUCAGGAGUCCAGCACUACCGACGAGGAGCUCGCAGGCCGGAGACCGGCCAACGGGAGCAGCGAAAGGGGCGGCGCCGUCAGCACCCCCGAUUAUGGGGAGAAGAAGCUGCCACAGGCGCUGAUCAUCGGGGUCAAGAAAGGAGGGACCCGCGCUCUCCUGGAGGCAAUCAGAGUACACCCGGACGUGAGGGCUGUGGGCGUAGAGCCGCACUUCUUCGACAGGAACUACGAGAAGGGACUGGAGUGGUACAGGAACGUGAUGCCCAAGACUGUGGAUGGGCAGAUAACCAUGGAGAAGACCCCGAGUUACUUUGUGACAAAUGAGGCUCCCAAGCGCAUCCAUUCCAUGGCCAAGGACAUCAAACUGAUCGUGGUGGUAAGAAACCCCGUGACCAGGGCCAUCUCCGACUACACCCAAACACUGUCAAAGAAACCUGAGAUCCCCACCUUCGAGGUGCUGGCCUUCAAAAACCGGACCCUCGGGCUGAUCGACGCCUCCUGGAGCGCCAUCCGGAUAGGGAUCUAUGCUCUGCACCUGGAGAACUGGCUCCAGUAUUUCCCCCUCUCUCAGAUUCUCUUUGUCAGUGGCGAGCGACUCAUCGUGGACCCUGCUGGGGAAAUGGCCAAAGUCCAGGAUUUUCUAGGCCUCAAGCGUGUUGUGACUGAGAAACAUUUCUAUUUCAACAAAACCAAGGGGUUCCCUUGCCUCAAGAAGCCAGAAGACAGCAGUGCCCCGAGGUGCCUGGGCAAAAGCAAAGGUCGGACUCAUCCCCGCAUUGACCCUGACGUCAUCCACAGACUGCGGAAAUUCUACAAACCCUUCAACAUGAUGUUUUACCAAAUGACUGGUCAGGACUUCCAGUGGGAACAGGAAGAGGGAGACAAAUGA